AGAAACUGAACAGGGAAGGGAGGAGUGAGAAGAGAAGACAAGGGAAGUGUCUGGACCCAUAAUCCCCUUGUUGCAGUAAUGGAGCUGAGCCAUUUGCUGACAUGGUUACUCAUGUGUUUGCUCCCGACAACGUUGACGGCACAAGCUGGUGCACCUGAGGGAGUUCUCAACUGCUGUGAGGGGGAUGUUCUUUUCUUGUUGGAUUCCUCUGGUAGCGUGUCAUCCUACGAGCACUCCCGCAUGCUCGACUUCCUGUCUGAGCUUCUCCUGCCAUUUUCUCUGGGGGAGGAUCAGGUGAGGAUUGGACUUGUACAGGUGGGCACCCAACCACGCCUUGAGUUUGGCUUUGAUGCCUUCCGCACGCAAAGCGGCCUGCAAGGAGCCUUGAGGAGCACCAAAGCCCUCAGGGGGGAUACCAACACUGUAGAAGCACUGAAAAUUGCAGAUCGAGUGUUGAGACCUGGACCUGGGGCAGGAGCCCGUCCGGGGCUUCCUAGAGUGCUGGUUUGGCUGACGGAUGGCGUGAAACCAGGUGAUGUGAUUGGCCCAAUGGAUGAGCUGAGGGAAGAAGGUGUGGCCGUGCUGGUGGUAUCCACUGGCCAUGGUAACUAUCAGGUGUUGAGGCAAGUUGUGUCUUCACCUGCUGAGAACCACCUGUACUUUGUGGACAUUGAUGACAUGAGCAUCAUUGUAGAGGACCUGCGGGACGCCAUCAUCGAAAUAAUCCGUGCUGAGCGUAUCAAUGUCCGGGAUGUGUCCUCCAAUGCCGCCACACUCCAGUGGCGACCUGUCCUCUCUGGGUUGGCGGGCUACUACGAGAUCCGCUUUGGUCCACUUCCCUCAGGUGGGACAGGAAGUGGAGGAAGUGGUACUGGGACCAGUCCAAGCACUGGUGGUAGUCAGUACCAGAGACUGGUCCAGUCGUCAGAUUCCAAUAGUGUCAGGCUAACAGGGCUGAAGUCUGACACGGUCUAUACUGCUACUUUGACACCGGAGUCAAAUGAACAAGCUUUCAACACUCUGUCGGUCACCUUCAGGACACAAUCAGAAGUACACAGUCCAGCUUUGGUCACGGUCUCUGAGUCGGGGUCGACCAGUGUUCGGGUGAGCUGGGGUCCUCUCCAGCCUGAGACAGUCACAAGUUACUACAUAGAAUACUCUGCCCUGCCGACUGGAAAGCUGCAUACUGUGACAGUGGACAAGCGGCAUAACUCCACGCUCCUCAAGAACCUUCAACCAGAUAGCACCUACUUGGUCACCGUUACUGCCAGGCAUUCAUCGGGCAAAGAGAAGGCAAUGUCAGUCAAAGUAUGCACACAGGAAGCCACUCCAGCCCUGGCUGACCUGCAGCUGACUACAGUGGACAGCAACUCUGUGCAGGUGAACUGGAGGGGCAGCUUUGAUGGUUUAAAGGGCUACUGGCUCACCUGGGAAGGGCAACAAAGAGUCGACCAGCGUUCAUCUUUCUACUUGCCGCCCAAUUCUCUGUCUACGCGACUUACUGAACUCCCUCCUUCAGCAAGGGUGUGCGUGUCACCCAUUUAUAAGACAGCAAGGGGAGAGGGACUGUGCUGCACGGCAAAAUUUUCCUCAGAUGCAGCAACGUACGGCUACCAAUCAUAGCACCGCAGAACAGUCUGUGCACCUAACCCCGAACAUGGAGGCAGGAGGAACAAUGCUGACUUUUCAUUCAUAAUUCUUUCCUAUGAUUUUCCUCAAUUUGUGGAUAUCAUCUAGGAAUUAUGUGUUACUUGGCAUUCUGAGCACUCGUGUGCAAACCACAGACACUCAGGAAUGGUCUGGUAGAAUGUGGGUUUAUGCUCUCUGCCAACAUUUGGAAAGCCAAAAGACUAUAGUAUUUGGGUUACUAAUUGUACUAAUUUGCCCAUCUUAAAAGCAUAGAUUCUGUUCAAUGAUGCAUACUGAAGUGCUAUCACCUGUGUAUCGUAAAAGCGUUUAUUUAAUAGCAUCUAUCAUAGCUGUUGCAUUAGAGGCUCAGUGGAGUCUGUUCAUUAAAGCAUUGUAAUUUGCACAACACAAGUAUUCACAAAAAUGAGACGGAUGUUUUUUUUCCCCCUGAAAAGUCCAUAAAAAAUGAUAAGCUUCUGUAAUAUUUUGUAGUUUGACCAUUGCUACACUGUAUUUUAAUAUAAAUUCGAUUAUCAUUUUUCUGUGCACCAGAAACCAACCAGGGUUACGGUUGAGCUGAGGCCUAAAAUAAUUAAAAACAAAACCAAAAAAAAAACUGCUACAAUAAUUAUUCACUUGAAUUGUAAGGGUUAAAUAAAACUUACACCUAAAUUAUUAUUUUUAAAACAAACAGCAUAUACAGUAUAUUGUUUUAAUGUAAUCUAAAAUUUAGAUACAACUGAAUUGCACUUCGGCAAAGAUAAUUUUAUGUACUGCUAGAGGCAGCCUGUGUAUUAGUAGCUGUAGUAUUCCCAUACUGAAAAUCCCUGUUAAAUGGUGCGUUUUAAUCUCAGGUUUUAACACUGUGGGAAUAGAGAGGGUGAUUGAUGUGGCUUGUUUUGGAAAAUGUUUGGCACGAUUGGAGGGGCUCAACCACAAAGCUGUUGUUUUGAUUUUUUCCCCCCAUGCCUAAAGAGCAAACAUCUGUCCUAUCCUUAUAUUUUGGAUGGUUAUGUUUUGUAAAACCAUUCAGUUUAAGAGAGAUUCAUUGACCAAACAAAUAUACUACAGAUAUCUGAAAUAAUGUUAAUAAUAAUAAUGUAAGAUUCCAUCAUUCAUAUUUUUUCAUCACACAACCCCGGUAUUAUAUUUAAUAUUAAUAAUAGUGUAAGUACAAUAGUACAGUAUUUAUAGUUCAAGGCUGUUACUGACUUAGUCUUUGUUGCCAUGUAUUGCCAGAAAGUACGGCAACUUUAUUGCAAUACAACCACUAGUGUACUAUACAGGCUGAAAGUUACAGGCUAACUUCUAAACUACAGGCAAAUAUACUGUAAGUCCGCACUAAAUUAAUCAACUCGAACAUAAAUAAUUUUUUUUUAAAAAUCAGGCUCUGUGAACUGAUGUGUAUACAUCCCUAGAAUAUACCUAUCAAAUUACGUUGUGAUCCGUCCACGAAAAACAGGAAUAGAUUCGAAAAAUGAUCUUGUACACACCACCAACAUGAGCAACGACUUAACAGGCCUUCAACUUGUAAUAAUCGUGUUGAACUGUCCUACUUUGUAUCAGCUUGCAAUAAAGUCAUUUGAUGGUUUUGUUAACAUCAAGUCAAAUUCUUUUAUUUAUUCCUUUCGUUUUCAUUUGCUCUUUAUGUCUCCAAUAGGAAAUGCUUCAACAAGGCAAGGCAAAUUUAUUUGUACAGCACAAUUCAACACAAGGCAAUUAGAAUUGGUUUGCAUCACAUGAAGAUCCAGAAACAGAAAAAAAUAUUCGUAAAAAUCACAUUUUAAAAAAAAAGUUAAAAACAAACAAUUGAAACGGGAAAUAAAAUUAUACAUAACAAGUUAAAUAAUGAAGAGAAUUCAAAAACAAUUGAAAUCGGAAAUAGAAAACAAAACAAAACAAAAAAAAAACAAUAAAAAGUAAAAAGCU